AGAAUCUGAAAACGGCAUAUACUCACAAUUUCUUUUCACAUUUUUGGUCAUUAUCAUCAGCAGUAGACAUAUGGCCAUGCUCCUACUUUGCUUUCUGAAUGUUUACUGUGUUCUUUCUCGUUGUUUGCUUCUGCGUAUAAAUGGUUUAAAUCAUCAGUACACUUUCAUCUCCACACAUUAAUUAUUCGGUAGACAGACGACAGCGCAAUGGAAGAAGAGAACACGCCGUGGUGGGAACCACAACUAUGGGUUGGCGUAGUCAUAUCGUUAAUUCUUGUGUUGUUUGCAGGUCUGACGUCCGGUCUCAGUCUCGGACUGUUGUCGCACAGCAAAGUUGAUCUUGAAGUCCUCGUGAAAUCAGGCUUGCCGAAAGACCAGAAGAAUGCUGCGAAAGUUCUGCCUGUUGUUCGGAAUGAAUGCUUCCUCUUAUGCACAUUGCUGAUUGCAAAGUCGCUGGCCACUGAGGCUCUUCCGUUGUUCCUGGAUAGGAUUCUACCCUUCUGGUCUGCUAUUCUUGUUUCAGUCAUUUUCGUUGUGGCUUUCGUUGAGGUCAUCCCUCAAGCCGUGUGCUCAAAACAUGGUCUGAGUUUAGGGGCAAAGUUCACCUUAUUUGUUCGGUUUCUUCUCUUCAUUUUGGCCCCCGUUGCAUACCCUGUCAGUAAGUUGUUAGAUUGGCUUCUAGGCAAGAACCAUUCUGCAAUAUUCAGAAGGGCUGAGUUAAAGGCAUUGGUGGACCUGCAUGGAGUUAAGGCAGGAAAAGGUGGAGAUUUGACAGACGAUGAGACAACGAUUAUAAGCGGAGCACUGGGCAUGAUGGAGAAGAUCGCCAGAGAUGCUAUGACACCCCUGUCUAAGGCUUUUUCCCUUGAUAUAAAUUCCAAACUCGACAUGACUACGAUGAAGAUAAUAGCAAGCAAGGGUCAUAGUCGAAUACCAAUUUACUCAGACAAUCCAGCAAACAUCAUUGGCCUCAUCUUAGUAAAAAACUUGAUCUUUUACCAUCCUGAGGAUGAAACCCCCAUCAAAGAUUUGACCAUCAGGAGAAUACACAGGGUAUAUGAAGAUUGGCCGCUGUAUGACGUGCUAAAGCUGUUUCAAGAGGGCCAUGGCCACAUGGCUGUGGUUGUUAAGUCUGAGAAGGAUGCAAAGGAAGCAUCUCCAAAAUCCAGUAAUAAUAGCAAUAAAGAAACCAAUGCUGCGUGCAACAUUCAUUCACUUGGUGAACUUCUAUCUCAUUCACCGGAUAGUGCUAUGAAGCGACCUCGUGGCCCUCAGCAGUUGAAUAGAUGGGAGGGAAGAGAUGGAAACAUUUCAAAUGAAGAACUGGAGUCUCUUAAAAGUAGAUUCAUAGAUGAGGAGGUCGUCGGUAUUAUAACAAUGGAGGAUGUAUUAGAGGAACUUCUACAGGAAGCUAUACUGGAUGAGACUGACCAUCACGUUGAAAUCCAUGACAAAAUCAGAGUCAGGUUUGUACCUUCAACAAGAUCAUCAUCGUCCGCAUCUCGAGGAACAUCCUUAUCCUCAUAUUAUCAGACUCCUCUACUCGGCUCACCACUGCCCUUGUAUGCAUCUUCAUCAAUUGCUACUUCUCGUGUCAAGCCAACUGGGAAUUCAUCAAGAUCAUUCAGUGCCUAUCUUAGCUCACUAUCAUUUCACCAGUUCUCCUCAGUAUCACGCCAGGACUCAAGAAGGUCGAUAUGAACCAUUUUCAAGCACGUCAUGCUUAGAAAACUCUUAUGUACUAUGUUGCUGUUUUUCAGGAUUUUGAUGAACUAUUAUUUCAGACAGUGUAGUUCUG